GGAGAGGACGCGUGAACGCUGAGUGAAAGAAGACGUGCUAUAAGUUAUGCAUACAAUUUAAUUAUAAAACGAGUAGAAUUAGUGAUCGGUCUGUCCAAAAAGUGUUACAGUUGGGACAAUAAACUAAGUGUGUCAAGUGUAAAACUUGUAAGGUGCAAAACAUCAGAGUUAUAAUCGGAAAAUAUACAAUUAUACAUUGUUUACAGACGGUACUUGGGUCAGUCUCAGUGUCAGUGUUAAAAAUAAAUAAACUAUCACCCGCAGCUGACCACAGUAUUACUGAUAGACAAGUGGAUUGACAUUCUAAUAUUCGCCCUACAUAUCACGCCUAAUUUAGCCGGGCGGUCGGAGUUGCGGCUACAGUGAUCAAGGAACCGAGUUCAAUACCGCGACGGUGCAGACUUUUUGCUUUUUUUAAUAUUUUUUUUAUUUCAUUAUUUUUUUUUUGUUUUUGUUUUUGCAAAUAGAACUAUACAAAAUUCGUGAUAACAAUGUCAAUCAAUAAGUCAUGCAAUAGAUCCGGUGCCCAGAAGAUGGCGCCGCCUGCCGGAAGUCUGCCGGCCUGCGCGGGAUGCCGCCGCGAAAUUACGAGCAGCCGCUACUUGCAGUGCAGUAAGUGCUCUCAGUAUUGGGACCUCGAAUGUGCCAACGUACCGGAAUGCAGCUUCUUGAAUACUAUGACAAAGGAGCACAGGGCUAAUUGGACAUGCCCCGAAUGCGCCUGCAAACAUCGGAAGGGAGGCGAUAAUGCCGAGACACCGGUGAAGCUCCAGACGGACAAUCCCUACGGCAACGUCAAUACCCGUCGCGACACGGCCGGGCACCACGGAUACUCCCUGGAUGAGAGCGGAAUGACCCUGGACGAUCAGACGGACGAGGGUGAUCCAAGCGCGUUGGAGCAGCUGCCGGCGCCGUCGACCAGGGAAGAGCCGCGGUUGACAUCGAUGGCUAAUAAUAACCACCCGCCGCUGGUAACACUCGGCGGGGCGACACUAGGCGAGGCUACACUCGGUGAGGUGAUCAGGGAGAUCAGACUCCUCAGGGAAGUUAUGCGCGAGGAGCUGAAGGCUACGCGCGCCGAUGUCGCCUCUAUCAGAGAUAACUUGGUGCAGUUGUCUGGGAGAGUGGAGCGCUGCGAAAGCUACGUCAACGGAAUCGACGGGCGAAUGAAGGCGAUGGAGGAGCGACUGCGUCGGGAUAGCGAGGUUGGCGGGCCGCGUCUUGACGAGUUCGAGCGAAGACUCGAGGCGGCGGAGCGACGGCAGGCGGAGGUGGUUUCCGAGGCUGGCUCGAGCGCGGUCGCGGGCCUGGAGCGCACCGUCGCGGAGCUCAGGCUCGAGCUCAACGACCGGGACCAGGAUGCGUUGCUCACUGACCUCGAAAUAGGUCAGCUUCCGGAGGCGAAGGGUGAAAACGUCACGCACAGCGUCAUCGUGCUCGCUGGCCGCCUGGGGGUGACCCUGGACGAGCGGGACGUGGUGUUCGUGGAGCGCAUGGGCACGCCCCCGGCGGGGGCGGGCGAGGCGCGCGCGCGCCGUGUGGUGGUGCGCCUGGCGCGGCGCCAGCUGCGUGACGAGCUUCUGCAGGCCGCGCGCGUGCGCCGCGGCCUCACCGGCGAGGGUGGGGCGAGGGUGUUCGUUAAUGAGCGCCUGACCCGCGCGAACCGCCAACUCUUUCGUCAGGUUCGGGAGGAGUGCCGCCGACUCCAAUGGAAGUACGCCUGGACCAAGAGGGGUCGCAUUUUCGCUCGUAAGAGCGAUGGUGCGCAGGUGUUCCAGUUGCGCUCGAUGGUCGACGUUGUGAAGCUGUUCGGCAGCCCGUCGCAAUGACUGACAGCCCAUUAUAAAUUAUUUAAAAAAAACAAUAAGUUUCACAUACGUUGUCUCACUGAAAAAUAUUAUAUUAUUCAUUGGCUUACCUCUAAUAUGAUCUCGGUGCUUUCUUUCUUUUAUUGCUACUUUUUUUGUGUCAGUCUAGUAUUAGGAAAUUCAAUAAAAAAUACUAUUAUAAGCUGUUGCGGGUUGUUCCAAUAUCAUAUAUUUACAGAAAAUAAAUACAAUUCUAUUCUUAACAUUUAUAUCCUAAAUAUUUACAAUUUCAUGUUAGUAUUGUUGAAAAAUAUUAUUUCAAAUUUAUCAUUUAUUACUUCUAUAGUAAAUGGUCACACAAAAAAUACUAACAUUACAGUCUAUUGGUGUUUAUAUUACACACAUAUAUCACGGGCCCAGGGUUAAAGAAUUUUUUAGUUGGUUUUUUCAAUGCAGGAUCUCUCUGUACUAAGCAUGAGGAAUUUAUAAUGGCAAUGGAUGACUUGGCCCCGGACAUUAUGGCUAUAAAUGAAACAUGGUUGAGAGCUGGAGAGGGGGACAGAGCUCCUAAACUGGCCGAUUACCGGCUGUGGCACACUCCAAGGCCAAGCCAUAUCAAAAAUGGGCUUGGGGGUGGGGUAGGCUUCUACGUACGCAGAGGUAUGAAUGUGAGGCCUUGUUCUCACCCUAGCAAUGUGGCAUCGGUGGAACAGAUGUGGGUUUCCACGCGCCUACUCAAUAAGGUCAUAGUUAUUGGCACAGCUUACAGACCACCCUGGCAAGACCCAGAACUGUUCCUUGACGCUAUAACUGAGUCUAUUGCCUCCUUCACCUGGGCAGAUGGACUGAUUUUGACUGGAGACUUCAACAUAAACCUGCUUGAUGAGGGCAGUAGUAGAUGCAGGGAGCUAAUGCAGUGUAUACGCAGUCAAAAUCUCAAGCAAUUAGUGACUGAACCAACACAUCACACUGAGCAUAGUGCAACACUGAUUGAUGUGAUUUGCACAGACUUGCCAGCACUCCGGGUAGUAGUGAAAUACUCCCCAGACCUGAGCCGCCACGCCAUGUUGCUGGCUGAAUUCAGAAUAAAAACAGAGAAAAUCAGUCCUCGAUGGGUUACAUACCGACCUUACAAAGACAUCGUCCUGGAGCAGCUUGAGCGAGAUCUGAGCGCCAUUAAUUGGAGGGGUCUUGAUCUCAACUGUCUCGAUAACGUUGACGAGCUUGUGGAAGCUUUCACACAAUGCGUCAUGGGACUAAUGAACUUACAUGCCCCAAUAAGGACACGUAAAUUUAAGCACCCCCCGCAUCCUUGGAUAACUGAUACCAUCAAGGAGAUGAUUCGUAUUCGGGACAAUUACCACAAAAAGUACCUAAAACAGAAAACCUCAGUCCUCAGAAACAGUUAUAAAACUAUGAAGUGCCUUGUCUUGAAUGCAAUUGAACGUGAGAAGACCUUCUUUUUUACAAAACAAAUAAAUAAUAAUUUGAACAGCCCCAAAACCCUGUGGAAAAACCUAAAAAGUACAAUUCUGCCGAAUAAGAAGAACAUUGCGGACCUCCCUUCAUCGCUCAAUGACCCAGAUCUAAUCAACACGCACUUCCUGAAUGUACCAGGCGAGGACAAUGUUACAAUCUCACAACUUACUUUUUAUGAGCACCAUAGGCAUGAAAACUCUGCUACGUUUUCACUGCACACUGUUAAUGAAGACUUAGUCCUCAAGACCAUAAAGGACCUGAGAUCAAAUGCACAAGGGAACGAUGGUCUGUCUUUGGACAUGCUUUUGCUCACAUUGCCUUACUCGCUGGGGGCCAUUACUGCGAUAGUUAACCAAUCAAUACUCGACAGUGUAUUUCCAGAGAACUGGAAGGUUGCAAUUGUGAGACCGUUACCUAAGACAAGUCAGCCUGGUACAGUUCAGGAACUUCGUCCUAUAAGCAUCCUGCCAUGCCUGUCUAAGAUAUUGGAAAGAAUAGUGUGCAGCCAACUUACUGACUAUCUCGAAGCACAGAACAUCCUCCCACAAUAUCAGUCUGGCUUCCGGAAAUGGCAUGGUACGGCAACUGCUCUAGCAGACGUGGUCGACAAUUUGUUGGCUGCUCAGGAUAGGGGGAUGCUAACGAUUCUUACACUGCUGGAUUUUUCUCGAGCCUUCGACUCGAUCAAUACAUCCCUGCUGCUAUCUAAACUGAGAUAUUAUGGCCUUGACAGUAAUUCAGUGAAAUGGUUCCACAGCUAUCUGACACGACGACUGCAAUAUGUAGAGCUAAAGCAGAUGGAUGGUACUUCACUGAGGUCACAACCACAAAUCGUUACUCGCGGAGUUCCUCAAGGGUCAAUAUUAGGGCCAGUCUUGUACAUCCUCUACAGUGCCGAUAUUAUUAACACCAUUGCAAAUUGUCGGCAUCAUCUGUACGCUGAUGACCUGCAAGUGUACCUCUCUUUUGCACCGGCUGAUUGUACCAGUGCAGUAGCGGGGGUGAACGAGGACCUGGACAGCAUCUCUGCCUGGUGCAGUUCAAACUGUUUGUCAAUUAACCCCAAAAAGUCGCAAUUCAUGAUCAUAGGUUCGCCAAAGAAUAUUGCUAAACUUAAAGAUAUAACUUUAAAUAUUCAUAUAAAUGGAGAACCUAUUACAAGGGUUGACACAGCCAGAAAUCUAGGACUUGUCAUGGAUUGCAACUUAAAAUUCGAAAAAUAUGUAUCGGAAUGUGUUAGAAAUAGUUUUUACCGGCUAAAACUCCUUUAUAAGUUGAGACCCUACCUGAGUGAGAGACUGAGAAUCACCCUCUGCGAGUCCUUGGUCCUCAGCAGGUUUAAUUACUGUGACUCAGUGUAUGGUCCAUGCCUCUUAUCAAGAACGUCCAGGCUUAUUCAGAGAGUGCAAAAUGCAUGUGCUCGUUUCUGCUUUACAGUUCCACCUAGGUCACAUGUUACGCCAUAUCUCAAUGACGCGAACAUGCUGAGGAUGGAGGCACGCAGAAGAUUGCAUUUGACUACUAUGAUGUUCGGAGUUAUCACUACAAAAAAACCGAAAUACCUCUUCCUAAAGCUGGAGUGGGCCCGUGAUCACAGCAGAUACCCCAGGAGGGAGUGUACCCACGUUUUUGCCACUCCAAAACAUCGCACCAUGGCGUUUCGGGGCUCCUUCAGAUUCGCUGCGUCACGGUGUUGGAACGACCUGCCUCCGCCUUUGCGUGUCCUACAAGUGAGAAACACGUUUAAAACUCACGUAAAAAAAUACCUUAUCUCACUGCAAAAGGCGGGUGGUGCUGAUACACUUACCAUGGGGUGCUCACGUCGCGCACUGGCGUUGGCGGGCCCGUCCCACCGUAAAUAAUUCCAGCAAUCGCAAAUAAUACCAGAUGUAUGGUACAUGGUAUUUGUUUGGACUGUUUUAUUUUUCUUUUCUUUUUCGGAUUCGUUCGUUCGGUUAGGACUUGGAACAAUUUCUUUUUUGUUUGUUGGAAUGGCCACUAAUUUAGUUUUAGUUGUUAUUUAAUAGUCUAGAAUUUAAUGUAAUUUAAGGGAAUGUUGUUGAUUGUUUAUUUGUUUGCUUAUUUCAAAAUUCCAUUUAAUAUCGAUCACUAUUAUAAAUAUUUUUAACCUUUUAUUAUCUCUUUUGUGUUUUUAACAUUGUUUUUUUUUUUGACAACCAUGAUUACAAUCAUUAAAGCGUCCCCGUAUUGUGCACCCUUUCGAGAGACACCCAAGUCACAUAAAUACAUUCAUAUAAUAAUUACUACAUUUUAAGUUAGUGUAUUCUCGAAAGGAUGUACAAUGCCAACAAUAGGUGUCCGCGGAAGACCAGCGUCUUGACAUGCUCCUUGCGAGCAUGUCAUGACAAAUGCUGAGCGGAAGCCUGUUUUGGCACAGUAUUAGUGUAUAAUAUAUAAUUUAAUGUUAACCAUUUGUAUAUGUGCAUGCACUGCUGUGUCAAUAAAGUUUAUUUUCUUUC